AUGAUUCCUACGUACGUCACUAAUCAAUUUGCAAGUUUGUUUUUUUUUUCUUUCAGUUUUCUUUCGAAGUUUAUUGCUCACUUCUCUUCUUUUUUCAAAUCUUUCAGGCAUUAUUCUUUAUCUUUGAUUCUUUCUUUCUUUUUCUCUUUCAUUUUUCACUCUUUGUUUUUUACAAUUUUUUAUUCCUUUUUCUUGUUUUUAUUCUGGCGUCUGAUUUCCACUCGUCACGUAUCUCUUAACGGGUGGCUCGCCACCACCUCGCCUCGGGGAACACGCGUCUCGGCGUCAAAAAUUCUGUCUGACUUCGUUUCCCCACUUCUCUCUCUCUCUCUCUCCUUCCCCCUCUCUCUGUCUCUGUCUCUGUUUCUGUCUCUCUCUCUCUCUCCUUCCCCCUCUCUCUGUCUCUGUUUCUGUCUGUCUGUCUGUCUGUCUGUCUCUCUCUCUCUCUCUCUCUCUCUCUCUGUACAAAAGCCUACAUCUAUAUCUGUUUGA